AGCAACUCAGAGACUCAACGAGGAGAACACUCAGAUGAGGCAGUGCCUUCGUUUGGUACGUUUCGUUAUCACGUCGUUACAAAAACCGUCCUUUUUUUCCAUCGGUUUUUAGGAUUUUUUAAUAAAACGAACAGAAAUCUCGCCGGUUGAUCAAUAAAAGUGAAAUUGUUUAGGGUUUUUCCAAACAGUGCCUGUGUUCGAAUCGAAAAAAAACUCUUACUUCGGACAUCGUUAAAAAAUAAACACACAAGAAAGAUGGAGUGUGGUGUUACAGGAGCGUAUACGAAUGGAACAACGACGCCGAGCAGCGGCAUUUUGGCUGAUGUUAGAUCGGAAAGGUCUCCAUCGAAGGCCGGACUUCACGUAAACUUCAAAGAAAAGGGAGAAAUCAAGGAACGCAGGGAGAAGUUUUUGACCGCCAAAUAUGGAAACCAUCAGAUGAGUCUAAUCAGAAAACGGCUGGCCGUUGAAAUGUGGCUCUAUGAGGAACUCAAGAAAUUGUAUGAAUCAUCAGCGCAGGUUGAUAGUAACGAGGAGGUUGAAGUGGAUAUCGAUGAACUUCUCGAUAUGGACAGUGAUGAUGAUAGAAGGAGACACCUACAGGGUUUACUUAUAAACGCAAAGAAAACCCAAAGCGAUGUUAAAAAAUUUAUUAAUGAGCUUCUAGACAAGGUUAAGACGUUGUAGACUAAGUCAAGUGCCAAAAAAGAAACAUGAAGGUAGCGACGUUGAAGAGACUUCGGCCCUAUGGAGCCCCCCCAAAAAAAACCGUUUUGCACAAGUUCAGAAUGAAAUUCGCGACGAGACGACGUCAAUGUUCAUCGUAUUUGUUGUAUUCUGGACGUUAUUUAUAAAUAAUUAUUGUGUUUUCUCGAUCAUUAAGUAAAAAAAAAAACGAAAAAGAAUUUUUUUUAUUUUUCUAUGGUUUGUUUCGCAAAAAGCAUUUUUUAUGAAACAAAUUAUACAAAAUGUGAUAUAGAUUUUCUGUUUAGAUUUGUCGUCUUAAUUAUUAAUGAAUGAAAACAGAUCUGUUUCCAGAUCGAUUGGGAAAAUAAAGAAAUAUUAUUAGUUUAAUUAUUAAUUAAUUAAUUGCAAAAAUUAAAUUUAUUAAAAAAUACAAAUUACUUUGAUGUUUUUUUUUGUAAAAUUUUUAUGUGCUAAAAGUACUUCGCAGUUUUUAGGAUUAUGUAAGAAUAGCUAGUCCUUUUUAAAUAAAAAGUAGAAUUAUACCAUAUCCAACUGCCUGUUGCAAACCAUACAUGUCAAAUUGUUACUUUUUAUCUGUUUUCUUUUUGUAUUCAUUUUUGAAACGUAAAUAUUAUUAAAUCGUUACUUAUUCGAUAAGUUUUAUUAGCAAAAGUGGAGUUGAAAAACGGCGAAAUUUUUAAUGUAAAUAGGCGCAAUUUAAUGUAAUGGAAUUUAAAAUAAAAAGUAAAUAAUUGUAAUCAACGCUCAGCUAAACAAAAUUAAAAAAUCCGGUGUUGAAAAGACGCGCUUAGGGUUUAAUAAACAAAAAAUGAAUUGUUAAUAUCUUUGUAUUAUUCAUUGUGAUUUAAAGUUUAACAACUUUUAAAUUUUGGUCGGUACAUUUUCUGUGUAAUAAUUACUUUAAAUCGGAUUAAAUAAAAUACAUUAAGGGAAUAAUCUUGAUCAAUGUGAUCUCAACAUUCUGAAUUAUAUUCUGUUUGACAUGUAUUAUCAUAGUGUUUUUAGCAUUUAGGAUGUGUCUAUAUAUUCAAAAUAAAUCAGCAAUUACAAUUUUAUUAUUACA